AAGUUAAUCCAUCUUCAUUAUUAGAAUUAACCCUUAAUGCCCCCGAGGGGAUAACAGCAGGACCCAUAAGUGAAGAGUCGUUUUUUGAAUGGGAGGCACUUAUCGCAGGACCCGAAGGAACCCCUUAUGAAGGAGGAAUAUUUCCUGCCAUACUUCGAUUUCCCACCGACUACCCUUUAUCACCACCAACGAUGAAAUUUACUUGUGAAAUGUUUCACCCUAAUGUCUAUCCAGAUGGAUCGGUCUGCAUAUCUAUCCUUCAUCCACCCGGUGACGACCCGAACAUGUAUGAAAGUUCUUCAGAGCGUUGGUCUCCCGUUCAAAGUGUCGAAAAAAUUUUAUUAAGUGUUGUUAGUAUGUUAGCUGAACCUAAUGACGAAAGCGGCGCAAAUAUUGAAGCAUGCAAAAUCUGGAGGAAUGAUCGCGAGGAAUUCAACAAGAUUGUUCGCGAUAACGUCAGAAAAACAUUGGGGUUGUAA